AUGGGGAAAUUCAAUGGUCAUUUUUAUCCAGGGCUAUAUCUUUACUCUUAUGGACUAUAUCAGACAAUAGUCAUCUCCAAGGCCAUCAUAUUCAAUGAGUCUACCCUACAUUCUCCCUGUCCCCCCAAGAAUAAGCGGAAAUGGGCUAUUCUGUGGAAAAUAUCCUACAGUGGUGUGCUGAAGAUGGUGACUGGAUCUCUCUUAACAGCUUAUGUGGUCAUCUGUCUUGAUGAUGGGAUGGUGCUGAUGAACAAACAGGUGCCAUCAAGAUUUAUGUAUCCUAAGGAGUGGCAACAUCUCACCAUGUUCAUCCUCCUCACCCUCAACGGCUGUGUCGACAUUCUGAGCAAGAACUUGCUGCCCCAGAGGUGUGUGUUCCUGGAGCUAGGCGUGCAGGUCCUAACCUUCUGUGUUCUUCUUCUGCUACUGGUGUCGCACAUUCAGGGCUCUGAAGGGGUGGAGCUGCAGGUUCACUCUCUGCUCAUCUUGGUUGUGCUCCUGCUGGUGCUGGUGCUGACUGUAGAGUUGUGGACUCCUGGCAUGUUUCAUCUCUGGAUCAUGGAAACCUUUCUGUUUCUGUCGAUGGGCUCCUGGCUGAUGCAAGCAGCCUUUAUUCUGUACAAACCAAUCACUGGAUACCCGUGGCAGGAUGAAGAUCUGAGUGACCUUGCCUUUGUCACCACCUUCUUCUGCUGGCAUGUGAUGAUUAAUGCCUCAUGCCAGCUGGGAAUCUACAGUUUCUCAUUCCUUUGGUAUAACUGUUUUUGUUUCAGCUGGAAGAGUACAGAGUACAAAGAAGCUCCAUAUCAUAGACCCUAUUACAAGUUACUGCACGAAGUAGAGCAAUCAGAGAAAGACGAUCAAGCUCCUCUCCUCCCAAUAAAUUCACCCUGA